AUGUCUGGACGCGGCAAGCAAGGAGGCAAAGCCAGAGCUAAGGCCAAGACUCGCUCUUCCCGCGCCGGGCUCCAAUUCCCUGUGGGCCGUGUGCAUCGGCUGCUUCGCAAGGGCAACUACGCGGAGAGAGUCGGAGCCGGGGCGCCCGUCUACUUGGCCGCCGUGUUGGAGUACCUGACGGCCGAAAUCCUGGAGCUGGCGGGCAACGCGGCCCGGGACAACAAGAAGACGCGUAUCAUCCCGCGCCACUUGCAGCUGGCCAUCCGCAACGACGAGGAGCUGAACAAACUGCUGGGCAAAGUGACCAUCGCCCAGGGAGGCGUCUUGCCCAACAUCCAGGCCGUCCUGCUGCCCAAGAAGACCGAGAGCCACAAGGCCAAAGGGAAGUAGAGCCCAACCGCCCGCCUGCCUGCUCCCUCUCGGCUGCUAAG